UCGCUACAAAUAUCAGAUAUUGUUUCAUCAUUCCAUCAAAUCCAGUUGGUAACUCUGCUUCCUCAGUUUCAUUCAUUUUGCAAUUCCUGUGUUGCAUUCAUGGCUUCCUCCUCUUCAGCGAUUGCAUGUCCUAAACUAUAUGAUGCAUUCAUCAGCCACCGAGGCCCUGAUGUCAAGGAAACCCUUGCUAAACACUUGUAUCACCUUCUUAGGGAAAGAGGGUGCCAGCCAUUUCUAGACCGUCCAGAAAUACAAGUGGGGGAUUCCAUUCCUUUUGCCCUUAGCAAUGCCAUUUGCUCGUCUAUUGUGCAGAUUGCCAUUUUUUCCCCAGGUUAUGCAGAGUCAUCUUGGUGUUUAGACGAGCUUGUUCUUAUGUUGGAACAACAACCUGAUGCCCUCUUCAUUCCUGUCUUCUACAAUGUCCAGCCGUGGGAGCUACGUCACAUCGAGAACGAGAAAUCACAAUAUGCUGAGGCAUUUUCUAAUUAUGAAAGGAGAGGCAGGUAUCCUGAUAAGUUGGAUGAAUGGAGAAGGGCCCUCAAAUCCGCUGCAGACAUAUCUGGUUUUGAGCUUAGCCAGCAUCAAGACAAUUUGUGUGAAAAUAUUGUGUCUCAUGUUCUACAAGUAGUGCAAGAAAGGAAAAAUAGGAUAUCGUUGGAUGUUGCAAAAUAUCCGAUUGGACUUGCCGAGCUCGUCGAAGAUUUUGAAAGUUGUUUAGAGAGGAGGCGGCACGAGAGACCCAAAACUAUGGACAAGGUCACAAUAGCAGGGAUCUAUGGCCUUGGGGGCUCUGGCAAGACCACCCUCGCAAAAGAAUUAUUUAACAGGAAGUGUUCAGGCUACCAUGCAUCAUCUUUUCUCUCUGAUGUGAGAGAAUCACAUGCAAGAGGUAUAUUGCACCACUUGCAAAGUCAGCUCUUAAAAGAUCUAUUUUCUAAAAACCGAGAGAUUGAAGAUUUAAAGAUCCGUUCUGUGGACCAUGGAAUUGUAGAGCUGAAGAAAAGCUUGGAAAGAGCAAGACAGUUGCAUUUUCUUAUGGUCCUGGAUGAUAUCGAUCAUUUAGACCAGUUAGAUGCCCUGUUACCUCAAGGUACUCUAAGCUCUAGAAGCUUGGUAAUUAUUACAACCCGCGACAAAAAUAUGUUGAGAGAUGCAGAUAUAUGUUAUAAGAUGAAGGUAUUGGAAGGAGGUCGAGCCAAAGAUCUCUUCUGUAGCCAUGCUUUCCGAGGACAGGAUACUCCCGUUGCAUAUGCAAAAUUGGUUGAAAGUUUCGUGAAAUUCUGUGGAGGUCUGCCUCUCUCGCUCAAAGUUUUGGGCGCCCAUCUUUAUGGUAAGAAAGAGUAUUAUUGGGGGUUAGAAUUGGAAAAAGUUAAGAAAAUCCAGCCUAAGGGUAUAAUGGAAAGACUUAAAAUUAGUUUUGAUGGUCUGGAUCAAGAGGAGAAACAGAUAUUUAUAGAUAUUGCGUGUUUUUUCAAUAAGAGAUCUUAUGGGGCUGAUUUGAAAAACAUGGCUAUAACAAUCUGGAACGCAUCCGGUUGGAGUGCUGAGCAUGCACUUCAAACCUUACAGGAUAAGUCCCUAGUUGAAAUUAAAUGGGACGAAUUUCAAAGGUACGAUCACUCCUUUGAAAUGCACGAUCACCUCAGCGAUCUGGGAAGACAAAUGGCAGAUGAGUUGGGGCCUCCUCGUCUGUGGAGACCACAAAGUCUUAGAUCUAUGGAAGCAAAAGGAUUUGAACAAAUCUUAGCAGAAACAAAGGUCAGGUGCUUCAAUAUGAUCCACGAUUCAUCCCUAGAUGUCGAUAUUGAUUAUUUUAUAGGGAGUUCAAAUGAUUCUGCUGACACUGACCUCUUGGGGCUUCAUAUUAGAGGCUUGAAAGAAAUUCCUUCAUGGAUUCCUCUACAAAAAUUGCGUUUUUUAAAAGCUAGAUCCGUGGAAGAAAUCUGGAGUAGAUUUGAUCAACUGUCGCGGACCAAUAAGGCCAGUUUCGAGCUGAGGGAGCUGGUGAUAGUUGCGUGCAACUCAUCGCAAAAGAUUCCGGAUUUAAUAGGAAUGUUCUGUCAUUUGGAAAAAUUAGAAAUAUUGUAUUCUUUAAAGAACACUGAUAUAACAUCCCUCUCAGAAUCAAUUAAAAGACUUAGUAAUCUUAGAUCAUUGAAAUUGAAGGACUACUCUGAUCCCGAGAAGUUAGAUGUUUUUAGUUUGGAGGCUUCUACAAGCAGUUGUGCCACUAGCCUUGAGACCAUAUAUAUUGAUGGAUUAUUUGGUAUAUCAAAAUUGCUAAUUAGUGGAGAGAUUUGUCCCAGACUUCGAUCAAUGGAAGUUUACAAUAUGUGGAAUCUAAAAGAAAUGGACUUAAAGCAUCUAUCAGGGCUUCAUGAGUUACAUGUAAGCGACUGUGUAAGGUUGAAAUCGUUGCCGAGCCUUUCACAUCAACGUCAUCUGCAGCAAUUCACGAUUGCUGGUUGUUAUGUGCUGGAGAGUGUAGAAGGUUUUGAAGAGUUGCAAGAAUUGCAAAGUCUGAUAGUUGAAGUGCCUCACAAUGGAUUGGCAUGGGUAAAGAAUCGCAUUUAUGGACUCAAGAGGCUGCCAUCACAUGAAACCAUUUUAGUAGGGAUGGGAGCGGAUGCAACAUCGUCUAGAUUGGAUGUAAGUUUGUUUUCUGAGGUGACCGGCAUCCAAGCACUUGUUGAGAUCGAGAGAGGAGAGCAUUCUACACUGCACAGCUCAUCGAAUGCAAUCACUAUAUAUGCUUUUCUUGGUUCUGAACACUCAGAUAGAAGUAGCAUGAAAAUUGCAUCUAUAGAUAUCUACGAUGAAGGUGAAAGGAUGAUUACAGUGUUACUCCCCCACCAUAAUAGUGAGGGUAUUAGAUUAUCUAACAUAAACAUAGAGAAGGGGUUUAAGGCCAUAGUGAAUAAAGGGGAAGAAAAGAAAGCUUUAAUUUUAAUGCAAAGAAUUGUCGAUCAAUUAUAUGUAUAAAUCAAAAGGAUUGAGAAUUCUGAUUUA